CAUGAAUCAUCUGAAGUUGUUUGUGGCUACGCUGAAGUGGCAUGGCAUUAAACUUCUGGAAAAGCAAGAUAUAGCCAGAAGGGUAUUUUUACAUGGGCAACGGUAUGUUUCAUCAGGAACUUCAGAACCAUUCCUGAGUGGGAGUAAUUCAAAUUAUGUGGAGGAAAUGUAUUAUGCAUGGCUUGAAAACCCUGAAAGUGUACAUAAGUCCUGGGAUUUGUUUUUCCGAAAUGCUAAUGCUGGCCAAGCAUGUGAUCCCCAUCUACCAGACCAGUUGGAAAGAAAGGCAUCAUUUCUUCAGAGCCAUGGCCUGGCCCAGACACGAGGUAAAGCUGAAAAGCUUGUUGAAGAUCACCUUGCUGUGCAGUCUUUGAUAAGAGCAUACCAAAUCCGCGGCCAUCAUGUGGCUCAGCUGGAUCCCCUUGGAAUUCUGGAUGCAGACUUGGAUUCGUUCGUUCCAUCCGACUUGAUCACUACAAUCGAUAAACUUGGUGUGUACGCAGAAUGCCUUGUU